AUGCUGAGUCGACUUUCUGAGCGUUGUACCGUCGUCACCGGGCUUGAGCAGGUGCUGCGCCGUUAUGUGUGGAGCGCGGCAUGGCUGCGCGAUGCCGAGCCGGCGGCAGCCGCCAGUCAGAGCAUCGAUCUCAGUUGCCUGAUGGAGCGCGCGGGCCGCGCGGCGUACGACGUCUUUGCUAACCUUUACACCUCACAGCGACACUGGCUGAUCCUGGUGGGCCCAGGCAACAACGGAGGUGACGGCUACGUCAUCGCGCGACACGCCCGAGAGGCUGGGAAGAUGGUGACGGUGUUGUGCAUGCCUCACAGCAAGCCGUUUCCGACGGAGGCGGCAAAUGCUCAGCAUGCGUGGCAGGCGGUCGGCGGCACCGAGACUACGAUGAACCCCGGCGCACCGUUGCAGCUACCCGCCGACGUCGACCUUAUCGUGGACGGCUUGCUGGGCACCGGCAUCUGUGGUCCCCCUCGAGAGCAGUACGAGCAUGUCAUCCGGCAUAUCAACGGUCUCCCGGUGCCGCGGGUGGCUAUCGACAUCCCAUCCGGUCUCAACGCCGAAACUGGGGAGGCUGCCGGCGCGUGCGUGAGGGCGGAUCACACUGCCACCUUCAUUUGCCUGAAGCCUGGGCUGCUCACAGGGCAGGCAAAGGACUAUGUCGGGCAGCUGCACUACCGCAGCCUCGGCUUGGAGGAUUGGAUGGCGGCGCCGGAGCGGAUGAGAGCGGCCUUGUGCCGCCGCGUGGCGCUGGACGACGUCUACGAGUACUUCGGCGUUCGGCGGUCGGCGUUGGCACACAAGGGCAGUUGUGGCAAGGUCAUCCUUGUCGGCGGAGACCACGGCUUUGGGGGUGCCACUCUCAUGUCGGCCGAGGCCUGCGUGACGGUCGGAGCCGGGCUCACCCGCGUGCUGACUCGCCCUGAGUACGUAGCACCGUUGUUGACGCGCUGCCCAGAGGCAAUGGUGACAGCCGUGGAGACGGACACGGGCGGGCAGCUGGAGCAGCAGAUGCUUGAGGCGUUCGGGUGGGCCUCUACGCUGGCGGUCGGGCCUGGACUUGGCACUGGUGCGUAUGGACAGGCGGCCUUGACCGCUGCUCUGCGACACGCUGAAGUGCAUCAGGACAAGACACUGGUGCUGGAUGCGGAUGCGCUGAACCUUCUCGCAGGCCGCCUUCAUGGCAAGGAAGGUGCUGCUGCUGCUGCCGGCGCCGGUAAACACCUGCCGAUGCUUCCGAACAGCAUAAUCACGCCGCACCCCGGUGAGGCGGCCCGUCUGUUGGCCUGCCGCGUCGCAGAUGUGGAGAAGGACCGCCUCGCCGCGGCUCGCCGCCUUGCCGCCAUUUUGGGUGGGACUUGUCUCCUCAAGGGCCCUGGCACGAUUGUGCACUGCCACGACAGCGCGAAGACGGCAAUCGUGGAUGCCGGAAACGCCGGCAUGGCAAGCGGUGGCAUGGGUGAUGUGCUGACUGGGCUGCUGGCAGGUCUUGCCGCGCAACGAAUGCACAACACCUUCGACACGACUUGUGCAGGGGCUCUCGUGCACGGGGUCGCUGCAGAUAUCGUGGCCGCCGAGAAGGGGCGUGGCACACGCGGUAUCCGAGCGACUGAGCUCAUUCAUCGCGUACCCUUCAUCGUCAACGCCUCUGGGCCAUCUCCUGCUACCCGGCAGUGA